CAUGAGAUUUAGUAAAGAGAGAUUUUGAAAAAUAACAACAACAACAGCAAAACCCACCAGGAGUUUUGGAAUGAAAAGCUUAGUGAGUCAGAUUUUUAAAAAUCAGUUGAAGCUGGGCAGUUGUAGUGCACACCUUUAAUCCCAGCACUCGGUGUGCAGAAGCAGGUGGAUCUCUGCUUUUAGGCCAGCCUGGUCUACAGAGUGAGUUCCAGGACAUCCAGGACUACACAGAGAAAUGCUGUCUUGAGAAAUCAACAAUUAAAUAAAUAAUAAAUAAUAUAAAAAUAAAUGAAUUUUUAAAAAUCAGCUGAAAAAUCCUCAACAACUGACUAGAUCAAGUGAAGAAAUAAUAUUGGAGCUUCAAAUUGUUCCUUCCAAAAUAAUAUGUUUAGACAGAUAAAACAAAACUCCGAGAAAGGAUGAAUGGGGCAUGGGAGAUCCCUGGGCAGCUUUAGAGAUGACAACAACCUGAGUAGGAAGUGGUCACUCAGCAGGCUCCUGUGCUGAAUGCCCAGGCUGCAGCUGACGGCUGAAAGAUAACUGGAUCAAGGAUGCUGAUAUCAUUGGUGGCAUGGAUGGAGGAGGCAGGUCACUGGGCAGUGAGGUGGGGAAACACAUCUUUGAAGAUUGCCCCUGGCCUCUCUCUCUUUGUCAGAGCUUCCAGGACACUGUAGGUGAGCAGGUCUGCUCUGCCAUGCCCUUCCACCAUGAUGUACUGCUUCACUGCUGGUCCCUAAACAAUGGACCAACCAGUAUUGGACCAUAGACUGGGGCCUCUGAAACGCAACCCCAAAUAAAUCUUUCUCUCUUAAAUAUCUGCUACAGUAAUUGGAAACUGACUAACUCAAAGAGCAAAUAUCUGUCUCAUCAGCAUAUUAGCAGGAAAGGAGCUACAGGUCAAAGAUAUAGGAAAUCUAUUUAAUGAAAUAAUAGCAGAAAAUUCCACAGUCUCAGGAAAGACAUGGAAAUACAGAUUGUCCUUGUGAUUGGGAUGCUCUCUCUUCCUCCUCUGGGUGUAGGAUUCCUUCAACAUUGUUGUGCCUGCGUCUCAAGACAAGACCCCGGAGCAAGACCACCACAGAGCCGAUAUCCAAUGCAAAACACGCAGGAAUUUAUUGAUAACAAGCAAGCCUGGGCUUGGCCUGUAUCCAACACUCAACACAGCAGGUGGAGGAGGACGGCCCUGAGCUCUGAGAGUGAGGGGUUUUUAAAGGGAAAAACCACAACAAAACAACAACAACAACAACAAAAAAAAAACAAGCCUUGGUAUCAUAUGAUUGGGUGAGGGUAUGUAACCUUUGAAUUUACUGGUUAAGGGUUACAGUUAUCAUUUUGGGGGCUGUCUGGACAAGUCCCAGACUUUGUUCUUGAGCUGCCAUGGAGGCUGGCCAGCCUUGCAGGUUCACUUUGACCCAUGCACAUAGCUCUAAGUUGGUGAGGGGUCCCAGACAGUAAACAACUGGCUGAACCUUGAGCAGUCAGAGUAGGUGCAGAAAGGGAACUACUGCAAGGACUAUGUCUUUUGUUAAGUCUCAGGAGACUGAAAUUGAGGCCUGAUCUCUGAGAGAAGACUGAGCAGCCUGCUAUGGCAUCUGCUUGGUCCUCUCAGCAUCUUCGUUACUGCUGGGUGAAUGCCAUGGAUCCCUGAGUUUCUGCUCCUCUUUGAAGGUCUGUGCUUCUCCUUUCCAAAGGGACUCAUUGUGUACGAUAAUCCUGUUUGAAAAUCGUUUUCUUUCAGAACGUGAAGGACUUCAUUAAAUUCCAUCGUGGCCUUUAUAAUUUCUGCUGGGAAAUCUGUCUAAUGAGCUUACCUUUAAAUGUGACACGGCAUACUCCUUAAAUUUUAGUAUUCGUUGUUCUGUGUGUUUAGAAAGAGGAUUGACAAUAAAUAUUGUAAGGCCAGCCUGAUCUAUAACAUACUGGGUUCCAUGCUGCCCAGCGGUACAUAGUGAGAAGCUGUCCCAAAACGACAGCAAAAAUAUAAACAAAAGCUCCAGUAACAACAGCAACAAGAAAUUCUAGAAUUAAAAAUGAAUUAAAACAUCUUAAGAAUGAUUUUAGUAGCAAGUGAGGGUGGUGUAAGAAAAAGUAAAUGAAAUAAAAAAAAUACCAAUACCUGGCUCUAAAUAAAAUGAUUCAUCACAUAGUACUAGGGUGAUUAUUAUUUUUUAAUAAUUUAUUUAACUUUACAUGCACUGAUGUGAAGGUGUCAGAUCCCCUGGAACUGGAGUUCCAGACAGUUGUGAGCCACCAUGUGGGUGCUGGGAAUUGAACCCCAGGUCCUCUGAAAGAGCAGCCAGUGCUCUCCACCACUGAGCCAGCUCUCCAGCCCCUAGAGUAAUAAUAUUAUUAAUUGAAGUUUUAGAAGAGAAGAAAGUGGAGCAGAAAAUGUGAAGGAAUAUAAGCAAAAGGUGAACAACAGAAUUCACAUUGAAACGGCUGGACCAGUGACAAGGUAAACAUGAAGAUAACGCCCUAAACACUUCACAAUCAAACCAUAGAGAGCAAAGAUAAGGAGAAACCUGAAAGCUGCUGAGAACAACACAUGCUGUGAAACUCAGCAGUGCCACCAUCAUUGACCUCUUACCUAGAAAGAUGAAGUUCAGAUGCCAUGGAGAAAAUUCUCUGCAGGGCCACAAGAGUGGUAGAGCUGGUCCUGCCCGUACCAGCUACAGCACAUGGGACACGUGAGCUGACCCUGUUGGUGGGGGCUCAGGUGAGCUGGGCCUGUUGGUGGGGGCUCAGGUGAGCUGGGCCUGUUGGUGGGGGCUCAGGUGAGCUGGACCUGUUGGUGGGGGCUCAGGUGAGCUGGGUCUGUAGGCCUGCAAGCAGGAGCACUGCCCCUGCCUUCUCCCUGGUAUCCAAGGGGUUGCAAGAAAAAGGGAAAUAGCCCCCUCCCCCCACCCCUUGCUGCCUUCAACAGGCAGGAGAGCUGACCUUGGGAACAUGAAUACUGAAGAGUUGGCCCUGCCCCUCACCACGUGCACCAGUCUAAAGAGUGGUCCCUGCACCUCACCUGGGCAGAACAGUAGAGCCUGCCCUGGUGGUAGGAAUGCAGGUGAGGUGGACCCAAGGGUGUGAAAGCAGGGGAACUGACUCUGCUCCUUACUGGCUGCUACUUUAGGUGAGCUAGCCAGGGCAGUGCUGGAAAGCUCUAGCCUGGGUGGUGACAAUGAGGGAAAGCUGGCAGGUUGACUAACCCAGCUACCACCCUGGCCCAGAACCAGGACUACAAGGUCACCCACCCCAAUACCCACCUCAUCUAUGAACUGCUGGAGCUUGUGAAGGGGCUGGACCUGCAGAUCCAAAGCUACUGGAUUUCCAUGAUACAAGGCAAUGAUAGGAGAUUGAAGAAGAGCCCUAGUGAGGGCCCAGUAUUGAGGGUGUAGCAGAAGCCAGAGGCCUUGAACUCACCGAUAUUCCAUUGCAAUGAAUAGGUACAAGUAAAGAUGUGUGGACUAAAGGGUAGACUGUGUGGCUCACUGGGCCACACCACAGCUUCCAUGCUGAGACUUUUUUUUUUUUGUCUUUUGUUGUUUUGUUUUUUGGUGUUUUUGUUCGGUUGGUUUGGUUCUACUUUUAAAUUUUGUUUUUGGCAGGCAGGUUGCAAGGGCAGAAGGCAGAAAAAAGGGGAGAGGGAGAUGAGCAGGAUCAGGAUGCAUGAUGUGAAAUCCACAAAGAAUCGAUAAAAAGGUUAAAAAAAAAGAAUGUUAAAACGCAAUUCUGUGUCCAACAGGAUGAAUAAAGUCAAAAUGUUUUCAAAUAAAACAUCAGCGGGCUGCUCCAGGAGAAAUGCUGAGGAAUUUCAUCUGUCUGAAGAGAAAUAGUAUUAACGAAACACUAAGACCUUCAAGAAUGUAGCUAUAAGAGGCACCUUUAUUCUCUCUUAAAAUACACAGCAGUUCAAAGCAAAAUUUAUAAAAUUGUCCUGAGGAGUAUAUAGUGUAUAUAUGACAGACAUAACAAAGGACAGCCAGGGAUGGUAGUACUAAACCUACAGUACCGAUGGUUUCUACACUGGAUGCACAGUUGUGAGCUCAAUAAUUAAGUGGUUUGUAUAAAGUGGUUAUUAACAGCACCAUGCUCUAACCAAUUAUGUCAACUGGCCAGCCUGAAAACUAGUUGUAUUAUAAUCUCUAAAGAGACUUAAUAUAUAAGGCAAAGAACUGGAGCUAAAUGCCAGCAGAAAACUAAAAUAGAUAGCUAUAUGACACAGGUUAUAUAACCCAGGCAAGUCUGGAACUUACGAUGUAGCCCAGGCUGCUCUUAAACUUUAAAAUCCUCCCACUUCAGCCUCCUGGGUAUUGGGAUUAUAGAUGUGUGCUACUGUGCCCAUCUUAACAUGAAUUCCAAAAAAUAUUCAAAUAUACUAAAAGGAGACAAGAAAGGGAGAACAAAAGAACACACACACACACACACACACACACACACACACACACACACACACAGAGAGAGAGAGAGAGAGAGAGAGAGAGAGAGAGAGAGGAGGGAAAAACAGGUAAAUGAUGGAAAACCAAAGUUUAACCAUAUCAAUUACCACAUUAAUUAUCUAUGGAGUGAAAAGGAAGACCCAAUUUUAUUCUAUUAUGUAUGUAUUUUAAGUACAGUGACAUAGAGCCAGGCACACUGUAUGCAUCCAAGGUUUACGAUAUUCACCAGGCUGAGAUGAGAUCACUUGGGUUUACGAUAUUCACCAGGCUGAGAUGAGAUCACUUGAGCCUAGAGUUGAGACCAGCCUGAGCAACAAGUGAGACUCCCAUCUCAAAAUGAAAAAUAAAUGUAAAGACACAAACAGAUUACAGGUCAACGGGAAAAGGAAAGCAGAUGAGUGAUUAAAGACACAGAGGCAAUUAGCAAGCAUAGCAUUAGGUAAAGACUUCAACUCAAGCAUUAGCAGAGGUACAGGGGGACAUUCAUAAUGAUAAAUGUCAGUUCAUCCAAAGAUACGGUAAUCAUAAAGUGUUUCUACAUGUCAUAGGAGUUUCCCACUCCACAGAGCAAAGUACAUGAGAAUGAAAGAGAGACAAUUCUGCACCUGUACAUAGCAGGAAAUCUUACCAUCCCUCUUAACUGACAGAAAACAGUAUAGAAAAUAAAGCUAUAUAGUCAGAGGUGAUGAACAAUAUGGUCAACCACCUUGACCUAGCGUUUGCUUACAGAACACUACACCCGAAGCUGCAAAAAUACACUUGUAAGGAUGCAAAGCAUGUUCACUAGAACAGACCAUAGAGCAAACCUCAACAAAUUCAUGGGGAUUGAAGGCUAGCUCUUGUUCUCUGGCCAAGGCAGGGUGGAGAGGAAGAGUUGAGUACCCUGAGGCCACUGAAGAGUGAGGAAAUGGUGCUGAGGAGAAGGCAGUCACAGGAUGUCAGAUACCAGAUGUGGAAAGGAGGGAGGAAGGAAGGAGGCACCAUUUGCCUACCUGGACCCCAGCCCUCAGGCUCUGGCUUCUUGCCUGGCCCCAGGGUCAUAGCAGAGGUGCUGCUGCCUCAUUCAGAUUGGCUAGGACACUGGUGCUCAGAAUCUGCCCCCAGAACUUCCUGGUUAUCCCAUUUAUCUGCCAGAUCCAUGGCCAACUUGUCCUCUUUGCUCUGGUCACAGAAGACAAACGUCUCAGAAGGAGUGAAGUGUGGUGACUACAAGAUGAGUUUCGCAUCACAGGCCUACAUCUCAACCCAGACCCUAGUAAGGGCAUCUAGCACCAUUAAGUUCUUCUUCUCUGAGGCGUUCAUGGGUCAGCACUUCCAGGAGGUGGACUUAGACAAAGGCGAGCCUCAGCCUGGAGACCUCUUCCUGUUCAAGUUGCGGUCUCCUAGGGCACAGUGGUGCGGGGCCCACGUGGGUGUUUACUGUGGCCACGGAGAGAUCAUACACUUUGAGGGCAGGACCUCUGGCAGUGGUGGAUUACAAACCCUUCUGGGUUACUGCGAAGGUGUGGUGUGCAAACAGGGUCACCGCGCGCUGCAGCGCUCCCGAGAGCUCUGGCGUGUGCUUCGCAGACGCGGUGGCAUUGACCCUAAGGUGCUGGAGCGCCGUGUGCAAGAAGCUAUGAACAGCGAUCCUCCUCUCUAUAAUCCUACUAGCAGCAACUGCGUGCACUUUGCACUGAAGCUGUUGGGUGUUGACUCAAUGUCAAUGGAAAUGGACUUAACCAGGGAUUAAUGUGACCUUGGGCCCUCCUGAGUGGGCCAGAAGAGGCUUCAGAAAGCAUCAUUAAAGUCUUUUCUAAAACUU